ACACUGAGACCAGGAAGAGAUUGUUUGUACUUUAAAAGGAAGACCCCACCGCCUUGGAUCAGUACGUGCACAAUAUGUAGUUCAAUGUUGUUCCAGUGGAAUGUAAUUUGAAAGAGAUAGUAGGCAGCCAUGCCUUCAAAUAUACAAAGUUAUGACUGGAUUACGUUUGAGCGGGAGCGGUACCCUAUAUUAUGGUCAGCUUACAGUGGGGAUCUCGCCGGGCUUCAGCGACAACUGGUAAAUGUGAAGGACGUUACAGGGGUCAAGGACACCCUCACAGAAACGUCCAUACUUGGUUGGGCAGUAGUCGGUGAUCAAGUGACCAUAAUAAAAUACCUGGUGGACAGAUAUCCAAAGCUGUUGACAUUAGGUAACAAAUUUGAUUCAACUCCACUCUUUUUAUGCUCUGUAUCUGGAAACGUGGACAUGUUUAAACUACUGGCAGCGAAAGGCUUGUCUGCAUACAAAAGAAUCAGUUACCUAUGCAAUGUUCUUAUGUUGACAGUAGCCAGAGGUCAUCUAGAACUCACGCGUCAUAUUGUCAAUACAUAUCCUGAUAUGUUGAGGAAAACCUCAACGGAUAAGAUGGACGUCUUUCUGUACUCGUGUUAUUCCGGGAGCAUUGAAAUGUUUAAUUACAUGCUACAACUCAACUUUGACCCGAGAGUGUCUGAUAUCGACGGCAUGAACUGUCUCAUGAUUGCCGCAUAUUGUGGCCACGAUUUGCUCCUGAGGUACAUUCUUGAUAAUGCUGCAAGACUCAGUAUCGACAUCGACAAAACGGACGCCAAUGGUAAUACUGCAAUAUCGUACGCCAUGCUCAGAAAUCAUCAGGAUAUUACUGCCAUACUGAAAGCGUAUGGUGCCAGAGACCCUGAAGUGUUUUUUAAGUCGAAACAGCGCCCAAGUGAAGAUAAACCAGAGUUAACGAUUGAUGAUUAUCUGAGGCUUUUUUCCGGACCUACAGAAAAAUACAGACACAUCCGGGUCGUGUUUGUCGGACCAGAAAAUGUUGGCAAGACAACCCUUUGUCUUCGACUUCAGAAGAAAGAUGUAGAUAUCAGCGUUCGGCAUAGGACUCUUGGUGCCGAACUUUUUCUGCAGUUGUACGAGAUAGGCUGGGACAGCAAGCGAUGGACGGAGUUGAAUAUGUAUAGACCCGAAGUAGUUAUCCAUAAACGGUUAGCAGGAAUGCUUAAAAAAUGCUCUUCUGAUAUAGAAGUGAAGUCUACCGUCAUAUCCCAAAGGGGUGAUGGCACAGAACCAUCAGAUAUAGAAGUGAAGUCUACCGUCAUAUCGCAAGAGUGUGUUGACACCGAACCAUCAGAUAUGGAAGUGAAGUCUACCGUCAUAUCGCAAUAG